AUGCCUCCUGCAUCAAGAGGAUUGUUGACUCGUCUCCAGAAAUGGAGACUGUGCUCAACCUCUCUGGUUCUGCGUCGGUACGCCACAGCUUCUUCGAUUGUUAGUCCAGUCGGGCCCCCGUUGAAGAUUCGCCUCCGGCAGUACCAAGAAGAAUGCAUCCAGGCCGUUCUUUCUCACCUAGAUCAAGGCCAUAAGCGCCUUGGGGUGUCUUUAGCUACUGGAAGUGGGAAAACCGUCAUUUUCACCCAGCUCAUCGAUCGGGUUCAACCCCACAAAGAAGCUGCACAUCAGACGCUGAUUCUGGCACACCGAAAAGAGCUUGUUGAGCAAGCUGCUCGACAUUGUACCAAUGCCUACCCGGAUAAGCUGAUCGAGAUCGAGAUGGGUUCAAUGCAUGCCAGUGGGAAUGCAGAUAUCACUGUGGCAAGUCUUCAAAGCAUCGUUUCCGGGGACCGGAUGUUCAAGUUCGAUCCAGACCGGUUCAAGCUCGUACUCGUUGAUGAAGCACAUCAUAUCGUUGCGCCGGGAUACAUGAGGACGUUAGACUAUUUUGGUCUAUCAAAAGCCCAGCCACACUCUCCAGCACUGGUUGGAGUUUCAGCAACUCUGUCACGGUUCGAUGGACUUAGGCUCGGGGCUGCUAUCGACCAGAUUGUAUAUCAUAAGGACUACAUCGACAUGAUUGGGGAGAAUUGGCUCUCGGACGUGAUCUUUACGACGGUGCAGUCGAAGGCAGAUAUAUCGAAGGUCAAGAAGGGAGUCAAUGGAGACUUCCAACCCAGCGAGCUUUCUCAAGUGGUCAAUACAGAACAGAUCAACGAGAUCACAGUUCGAAGCUGGCUGUCGAAGGCCCAAGGACGAAAGUCAACACUCGUCUUCUGUGUCGACCUCAAUCAUGUGGCGGGAUUGACAAAUACAUUCCGGAAGCUCGGAAUAGAUGCUCGGUUCGUUACCGGAGAUACACCAAAGUCUGAGCGUGGUGAGCGACUUGAUGGCUUUAAGGCGGGGAAGUUUCCGGUCCUUGUCAACUGUGGAGUCUUUACAGAGGGAACCGAUAUCCCAAAUAUUGACUGUGUCUUGUUGGCCCGGCCUACCAAGUCACGGAACUUGCUAGUGCAGAUGAUUGGCCGAGGGAUGAGACUGCAUCCUGGAAAGAAGGAUUGCCACAUCAUUGAUAUGGUUGCCAGUCUCGAGACCGGGAUUGUUACCACUCCAACGCUCUUCGGACUUGAUCCUUCGGAAAUAGUUGAGGAUGCGAAUGUUGAUGACUUGAAGGGCCUUCAGGAUCGGAAGGAGGCUGAGGAGUUACGGAAGCAGAAGACUAAUGAGGUCUCGAAAGCCUCCCAAAAGAAUGCUGAGCCAGUGAGCAGAACUGUGACCUUCACAGAUUAUGACUCUGUCUUUGACCUGAUUGAAGACACUACUGGAGAACAGCAUGUUAGACGGAUUUCUCCCCAUGCUUGGGUUUGCGUCUCUGAGGACAAAUACAUUCUUUCCAAUUCCAAUGGAUCAUACGUCAAGCUGGAGAAGGGUGUGAACGAAAAGUCUGGGCAGGAGGAAUACCUUGUCACAGAAACAGUUGCUCUCAGCCGGGCAAUUUCGAAAGUUCCAUUCAUGCGGCCGCGGACAAUUGCACGAGCAAUUACAUUCACAAACGCAAUCCACGCAGCAGAUACCUUUGCCUCGAAGCGAUAUCCGUUCCAGUUCAUUUCCAAGAAGCAAGCAUGGAGGAAUAGACCAGCAACAGAAGGGCAACUGGCAUUCCUCAACAAGCUGAGGUCAAAAAAUGAUCAACUGACCGCUGAAGCCCUGACAAAAGGGAAAGCUGGUGACAUGAUCACAAAGGUUAAGCAUGGCGCUAAACGCCGAUUUGCGAAUAUAGAAGCAGAUAGGAGGAAAGAGGGGAGAGCUAGACUCAAAUUUGAGCAGGAAAAGGCGUUGAAGGAAAGGGAAACGGUUAGCGUUGGGCCUCUCUUGUAUUGA